CAAAGGCGCCUCAGCGGGACCUGGGGAGCAGCGGGACCCCCACCCCCAGCGGCACGGCGGGCCCGGGGUCUCCACAGGCAGGCCCGACAGAGGGACGACAGUACACACAGGGCCCUGGCGCUCAGGCUCGGGUGCGUGGCAGUGCCGCGGGCGUCACCGGCGAGGAGGAAGCGGGCGUCACCAGCGAGGCCGCACAUGGCCGGCGGCGCUCAAGCGGAGGGGCGGCCCGGGGCGCGGUACCUGCGGUCGGGCGGCGGGCUGCUGCUCCUGCGAGCCUCCUUUGGCCGGCCGGGACCCCACCGUACCCUCGCCCUCGUCCGCCUCGCUCCCGACUCCUUUCCCUCUCUUUCCCCCUUUUUGCCCCUUCCUCGGCCGUGGCUCCAAGAUGGCGGCGCCGAGACAGAUCACGUGAGCGGCGAGCGGGUCAGCUCCUGUGACGUUCACAGAAUCACCUUGCAGGGAUUGCCUUGUGAUCAAGCGCUUGGUAGCAAGAAGCCUCCAAAACAGAGCUGCGGCACUGGGAGAUUCUGACGGGAUCCCACAGGGAGAAGCACAAUUAAGAAUCUCGUGCAACAGAGCAUCCCUUUGUCCUUGUGAUUAGCGCAAGUGAGGCCAUUCACCCUGGGCAGAAUAGUGCUGAUGCAGGUUCUCUGGAGUUUGGCUUUUUAUGUGCAUAGAACCAUAUUUGCAGAUU